CAAAGGCAACGAAGCGAAACGGAGGGCACCGCACUGCUCCACUUCGCCUUCCCUUCCAAGUCACGAACUCCGGCGACUCCACCACCACCUCCCGGGCAACCUACCCGCUCCGACCGCCGCCAUGUCUAGGCGCGGCGACUGGGUCUACGAGAAUAACGGCGGGACCUGCGUGGCCAUCGCCGGCGCAGACUACUGCGUGGUCGCCGCUGACACCCGUCUCUCCGUCGGCUACAGCAUCCUCACGCGCGACCACUCCAAGAUCUGCGAGCUGGCAGAGAAAUGUGUAAUAGCAUCUUCGGGCUUCCAAGGUGAUAUCAAAGCGCUGCAGAAGAACUUAGCUGCCAGAGAACUGCUUUACCAGCACCAGCACAAUAAAAGGAUGAGCUGCCCUGCAAUGGCACAACUGCUCUCCAAUACCCUCUACUACAAGCGAUUCUUCCCAUACUAUGCUUUCAAUGUGCUUGGCGGGCUUGACAGUGAAGGGAAAGGAUGUGUUUACUCUUAUGAUGCUGUUGGGUCCUAUGAGAGGACUGGUUACAGUGCUCAGGGAACAGGAUCUACUUUGAUCAUGCCAGUGCUGGACAACCAGCUGAAAUCGCCUAGUCCACUAUUACUCCCUGCAAGAGAUGCUGUCACUCCUUUGUCAGAGUCAGAGGCUGUCGACCUAGUUAAGGAUGUCUUUGCAUCCGCAACUGAGAGGGACAUCUACACUGGCGACAAGGUGGAGAUUGUAGUUAUCAACAAAGCUGGGACGCGUCGCGAGUACAUCGAGCUGAGGAAGGACUAAGUUGGGGCUUUAUGUUUGUGCUGCCGCUCCGAUUUGCUUUGGAACGUUCCCUAGGUAUUGGGAAUUAUGUAGCUGCUGCUUCGUAGUAAACACUUGUGCUUGCUUUCCUUCUGUGCUUACCCAAGGAUUCACACAGCUUGCUUUGUUAAACUAAGUUGCUGCUAAAUGCACAUGAGAUUGUGGAGUUAUUUAUUGGCAUGAAGCCUACGAGAGUUCAUCCCCAAAA